AAGAAAUGAGGCACAGCCACAACUAAUUUUGUCUUAUGGACCCCCUCCCCUUGCUUUCACUGCCACCACAACUGUCACUACCAUUCUGUUUCAUUGGCUAUUUAGUUCUUUAAUUUUGCUGCUUUUUAAAAGAUCCACAUACAACAAUUUCCUCUACCAACACACACUAGACAUUAGUAACUGAAAUUCUUCUUAAUUUUUCGGGCUGAUGGCUUGUAACUAUGCGGUAUGUACAACUCUUUUGGCUGCCAUGGAUGGGCUUUGGUAUCAUCGACUGAUUCUAUUCCACCCGUCCGAUGCUGUUUCAGUGCAAGAACCUGUUUCUUCCGAAUCAUUUAGUUCGUCGUAUGAUUCAUAUCAAUCAUCAAGCUGCACUUCUGUUACUGAGCAAGACCAUGUUUUAUCAGAUCAAUCUUUACUCACUCCUCAACAGAGUAUUGGUUCAGAAGUUGAAGAAAGGGAAAAGAUAAUGGAAGUACUAAAAAAAAUUCGACCCUCGAGGCUUAAUAGAAUCAAGACGCGUUCUAAUCCAUCAUCGCCAACAUCAACUCCAGCUAAAGCUAUUAGAAGCAAGAAGUACACUGGUUCAGUUAUGAGGUUGCAGAAAACCAUGAGCUGCAAGAGCUUGGGGGAACUUGAAGUCGAAGAAGUAAAGGGUUUUUUGGAUUUAGGCUUUAGAUUUGAUUCUCAAAAUUUAAGUCCAAGAAUGAUGAGCGUAGUUCCUGGAUUACAAAGGCUUGCUGGAGCACAGAAUAGUGAAAUUAUUCAAAAAGAGACGAUUGAUCAAGUGCUUGCAAGUAGUAAAUUAGAUGAUCAAGAAUUAGGUGGUGGUGGAAAUGAGAUGAGAUCGGAAUCAGGUGUAUUUAGGAAACCAUAUUUAUCAGAAGCAUGGCUCAUAAGGAGGUCUGAUUCACCUCUUUUAAAGCUGAAAAUUCCAAGAAAUUCUGAAGCUGCUGAUCUAAAGAAACAUCUGAAGCAAUGGGCCAGAACUGUGGCUACUGUAGUUCAGCAGGAAUCUUGAUUGUUCACAAAACAUCAUCAUAUCCAUCUCAAUGCAUGCUAGACGUCUAUAUUACUUCAAUUGUACAUAUUGAUAUUAUGAGUGAUUAAGUGGAUACAAGUGGUUGCUUUGUUCAAAUAGUUGCUGAGAAUUGGUAUUUAAUAAGGUUGCUUGGUCGACAUUUUCAAUGAAAACAAAGAAAGUGGAACUUCCUGCAGAGUAUACAUCUCCUUCCUCAUUAUAAACCCUCCUCCCACCUUCAGUGAAACUCUUAUAUGUAGACGACACUUAUUGUCCUAUUCCCCCAGGAAUUCAAAGACGGGAUUAAAAUCAAAGGAAAUACUACUUCCAAUGACAAGUCCAGUGUGAUGGGGGAAUUCUGCAGAAGGGAUUAAUGCUCCAUUUUGUAGGAGGAAAUGAAAUUGGAUGGAAUAUAAUGAAAAAUGUAAUAUUUCGUGCAUAAAUAAUAUUGCUAUUGUCAUUCUUUCUUUCACUUCA